CGGCUGGAUCAAUUCCCUAACAUUCCCCUUUUGUAUUAAAGAACACAAUACUGUGUUGUGCAGAAUAUUCUAAUUUGUUCACAUGGAUACGUGUAGUUUGAAAAUGAAAGUUUUUUUGUAUCGAAAAAAUGAUUGUCUAUUGACUUCAUGUUGCGUGUUUUACAAAUGAAAUAAAAUUUUAUGUACUUUGAAUGUUUAAAACGCAAAAUUCAAUUAAUUCAGGCGAAAUGAAGGAAUCCAACAUGAACCCAAACAACAAGACCGAAGAGAUUGCGGAAACGCCCAAAACUGACAGAGAACAACCGUUUUUCACGAAAUUACUGACGGAAAUAACUUCAUCCUUCGGGAAAAAUCAUACAGCGUCAUCCAAGCAUCGCGUAUUCUGUUUUAAGGAAAACAGGCCGGAUGAUCCUUUCAUCUCCUCGGAUAUACCUUCGAGAGUAUCAGAAGCAAAACUCGAAUUUUCAGAUAGGAAUGAAGAAAGAAAACACCUAUCGGAAAAAUAUGGACGACGAUCAAUAGUAACACAGAUGUAUUUCGAAAACACAUCGAGAAAUAUUUCACUCACAAGUUCAGACUACCUGGUCCCGAAGUUCGAGCAUAUAGAUUUCAGUGAACUAAGGACCAAAGACCCUCAUCAGAUAGCUUUGGAAAAUUCGUGGAAGAACUUCAACGCACUGAAACUACAAAGGGCGAAUGAAAAGAUCAACUGAGCAUAUUUUACUCAUUGUUUCUCACUAUCAACAAUGUAGCCUUUAUGACAAUAAUUUUGGAUCAAAUAAAACUUUCAUCUGUGG